GCAUCAGUAUUUGAUAAACAACAGUAAAAUACGUUAUUUUAACAAAAAGCAAAAUGGAGGCAAACGAACAAGGUAAAAAUGUUCUUAACUGCAACGUAUUUCAUUUACUAUGUAUUUUGUAAAUUGGAUAUGAAAAAUAAGUUUGUGGAUUACAUUGAAUUGCAUUCAUCAAUUUUUAUUUGUAUGGUAAAUCUAAAUUCUAUCCUUAUAAUUGGUGAAUUGCUGCAAUAUGCUAUCUACUGUGAAUUGUUCAUUAUUGCAUCCAUGGUUAGUCAUAUUCAUUCUGAAUCAUUGUACCAGUACAUUUUUUAUUCUAUAUGAUAAAGUUCCAUAUGACAUGAGAAGGACAUCUUCAAGAGUCUCUUUCUCAAGUGACAUGACAGAACAACAAAGCCAACGAAACAAUUCUGUGAUCUCUGCUCGAAAUUCCUCGACAUUUUCACUGUACAGUUCCAAACAACUUCUUAAACAAAGUGUGUUUGAGAAAUACACAUCUUGUCGCUGGUUGGUGGCCUUUUCUUGUUUCAUUACGGUUACGUGUUCGAUAAUGCUCCGUCAGUGUAUCAGUAUGGUGAUUGUUUGUAUGGAGUCCAAUUAUAAAGCUGGACAAGACGCCAUGAUAAACAAAUCGAACACGACUACAAAUGGAACUUUCUCACAGACACAAAGAGGGCUUUGGGACAUACUAUGGAAGAGCGAAGAGAAGGGUCUGAUUCUACAGUCCUAUUUCUACACGUUCCCGAUCACCCCCCUGAUUGGAGGUUACCUGUCAGGGAGGUUUAGCGGGAAAAUGGUGGUGACCGUGAUGACGUCAUGCCUCAUCUUCCUGUCUGCCGUGUCCCCCAUUGCUGCCACAGUCAGUCCCUACUUUGUCGUCGUUCUGAGGUGCUGCAUCGGACUCUCCUCAGGAGGCCUUCAAUCUAGUGUAACAGCCAUUGUUUCCAAGUGGGCACCGGUGUCUGAGCGUGCGCAGAUAGUAGCUAUGGCCAACGCAGGUAUGAUGGUUGGUAACAUCUUUACCUUUGCUUUCCCUGGCUUUAUCUGUUCCAUUCCAAUCCACAAUGGCUGGCCUUUUAUAUUCUACAUCUUUUGUAUAUGUAACGUCCUUUCCCUGGUCAUGUGGAUGUGGUUGGUGUACGACAGACCAGACGAACACCCCCGGAUCACGUGGAAAGAGCGUGCUCUCAUCAACUAUAAACGAAGGGACAGCACUCUCGAAAAGAUGCCUUCACCUCCUUGGAUGAAGAUUUUAAGUUCUGGGCCGUUUUGGGGACUCUUGUUUGCCCAAAUGUCCCACAGGUUUUUAUUCACUACCAUUGGGACUUUCCUUCCUCUUUAUAUGGCUGACGUGUUGAAGUUUGACAUUGCGACUAAUGGACUUUUCUCCUCUCUGCCAUUUAUAGGUCGGUUCAUUGCUUCUGUUGGAAGCGGGAUGCUGGCAGAUAACCUUAUGACAAGGGAAAUUCUCUCAGUGACCGCCACCAGAAAAAUAUUCCACGUCUCGGGUUUAGUACUAUCAACUCCUUUCUUGAUUUGGAUGAGUUACAUGGGACCUGACGAGAGGACAAGCGCAGUGGUACUACUGGUGACGUAUUGGACAGUUCAGGCUCUCAAUAACGCGGGAUUUCGAGUCAACCAUAUUGACAUCGCACCGAGAUUUGCAAGUGUUCUGAAUGGUAUGACAACAACGGUAUCGUCAGUUGCCGCAUUGCUUUCUCCAAUCGUAACUUCAGAGCUGACAAAAAAUGGUACACAGGAGGAGUGGCAGACCGUGUUCUUCAUCUGUACGGGGGUGGGACUGGCAGGUGCCCUAGCCUUCCUGGUUCUGGGCAGCGGAGUGGAGCAGGAAUGGGCAAGGGACCAAAAUAUGAAUGUUGAGUUUGACGUUUACACAAUUGACGAGAGAAAACAAAGUAUUGACCAGCUACACGCUUCCGUGGAGGAGGGGGAUUGUACGGCUGAAAAUAACAAAAAAGUUGGGAUGAACUCUGUCUCUGAAAAUCAAAAUGUGAAAGUGGAAUGUGGACAUGUUAAUGACAGUUUUGUUGAACAAGUUAAUAAAGAAAAAAAUGAUCCGGUAGCCAUUCAAGAGAUCAUAACAUACCAUUUCUGAGUAGAAUCAUAUGCUAUUGUUUGAUGACUAGGGAGAAAUUGAAGUGAUUUGAUGCAAUUAAUUCUGAAUCAAAAAAAAAUGUUUUGGAGGACCAUAACAAAAACAGUUACUCUGCCAAAAAAAAUAAACAAUUAUGUCUGUACAUGUAUUCACAAGAGCACGAGUGAGCAUCAGAUUAAAGGACAAAUUUCCGAAAAAUAAUAGAGUAGCCAUCGUCUUCAAACAAGGCAUUCUAGAAAUAACAGAACCAGACACUGUAUUUAUCAAACUUUAAAAAAAAUAGAAAAGCGCAAUCUUAUAUCAGUGAGGAGUCUUAAAGACCUCGAUUCUCUAUUAAUAUUAAUAUAUAAUAAGCAUUAGAGCCUACUAUAGAUUCAUUGUCUUCUAUGAUCAGUAGCAUUUACCAU